CUUUCUCUCUCUCUCUCUCUCUCUCUCUCUGGGCGCGCGGUCGCACAGAGGAAUGAAGUGAAGCAGACGGUCAUGAGGAAAGUAUGUCCACACACGGACCGCUAACAUGGAGUGUUAUGAAAGAGAAGGAGAAGGCGGCGCUGCGCUGUUCUGCGUCUGAAUUCAACAGAGACACCGAGGCUGCGGAAAGCCGUUCGCAGCUGCGGGAUAUUUGCACCACAAUGGCGACUCUCCAUCAGUGAGGAACUUCCUACAUCGCAGAGACCUUGAACCAGAUCGUUUCCAUCCUCCCUUUGUUUGAGAAACAUGGACUCCUCUGAAGACUUGUCCUCAGUCCAGGAUGGACCUCUGGACACCAGGAUCAGCCCUGCUCGCUCUGAUCUCAGCGGGUUGUACCAUCUGGGUCGGACGCUGGGUAGAGGCCACUUUGCUGUGGUUAAACUGGCUCGUAAUGUCAACACAGGGCAGCUAGUGGCUGUGAAGAUGAUUGACAAGACAAAACUUGAUGUCAUGGCAACGAGCCACCUCUUACAGGAAGUCAGGUGUAUGAGGCUGGUACAGCACCCCAACGUGGUUCGGCUCUACGAAGUCAUCGACACACCCACCACUCUCUACCUGAUCAUGGAGCUGGCAGAGGGGGGCGACCUCUAUGACUACAUCCUCCGCCACGAGGGCGGCGUGGCCGAGGGCACCGCCAAGCGUCAUUUCGUCCAGAUCGUGCGCGCUGUGGCAUACUGCCACCAACUGCACGUGGUGCACCGGGACUUGAAGCCUGAGAAUGUGGUGUUCUUCCCCCAGCAGGGAACCGUGAAGCUGACUGACUUUGGUUUCAGCAACUUAUUCCAACCCGGGAUGAUGUUGGCCACCAGCUGUGGGUCGCUGGCUUAUUCUGCUCCGGAGAUUCUGCUGGGAGAAGAGUACGAUGCUCCAGCUGUGGAUAUCUGGUCUCUGGGGGUGAUCCUGUACAUGCUGGUGUGUGGAGUCCCUCCCUUUCAGGAAACCAACGACAGCGAGACUCUGGUCAUGAUUCUGGACUGCCGCUACUCCAUUCCUGAACAUGUUUCUGAACACUGCAGAGACCUAAUCUCCAAGAUGCUGCAGAAAGAUCCAUCUCGUCGGGCUUCCCUUGAUGAGAUUGAAUCUCACGAUUGGCUCCAGGGUUUGGAUAAUGCCCUCCUCAGUCCAGAGGCCCCACCACACUGGCUCUCGGGGGCCCUCUCUCCCAGCUCUCCUCGCUUAGGAGCACCUGAAUGCGGGGAUCUGCUCGCUGUAAGGCCCACCUCAGCUCAGCAGCCGUUCCCUGGACCGUGGCAGCCCAGCCUCAGCUUCAGCCUCCAUCCACCUCCAGCUGAAGAGUCUCCUGUUAGCAAGAACCUCCUUGCUUUACAGCAGAUCUGUGAAGAGGAAGAGGAGGAGGAGGAGGAGGAAGAAGAAGGAGAUGAGGAGAAAGAGAAAGAAGAACAGGAGGAGGAAACUUUGUUAAAAGAGGAAGAAGAUGUGGGAGAUGCUGAGGAGAUGAUGGAAGGAGCAGACAAUCAGGAGCUCAGAGAGGAGGAGGGCGGGGAGGCAGAGUUAGGAAUAGAAGACAAGACAGUGGAUGAGGAGGAAGAGGUGGAGGAAGAGGGCAAACAUGAUAAGGAGUUGGAUACAGAAAAUGAAGACAGUGGUUGUGUGAUUUCAGAUCAACCAGUCAGUCAUGGAGACGAGCCGCUCAGUCAGACUCCUGAAGUCCCUCCUUCCUCCCCAUCUGGGUUUGGAGUAUCAUGUUGUCAGGGCCACACGGACUUCUCGACUGGAGAGGACGGAGAGGAUGAAGAAAUAGAACCUAACAACAACACCAACAAACCCCUUCCUCUCCUCCAUAAAUCUGAAUCCUGCCACUCCUGCAUCCCUGCAUCCUCUAAGAUCUUAAAUGAGAAGGAGAUGCAAAAAACAGACAGAGAAGAAGAAUCAGAAGAGGGGACUGGAGAGUGCACAGAGAGAUCUCAACCCCAGAAUCCACCAGGAAGCCGGGAUGAGUCCACACCGAGGCCGGAGCAGGGCAAACGGCACAGCAUCAAGCUGCGUGAGAGACUCUUUCAGUUCCCUCUGUGUGAGAAAGCCCUGGCCCUCAACAUACCAUCAAACAACAAGCCCAAGAUCCUGCCGCUGGCUCAGUACAACUGCUGCCAUGUGCUGUGAGUGACACCAGCCUGGGUGCUGUCUGAUGUGCUGCACGCUCUCUAGAGAUGCACAGACUGCUUAGCAGUCAGCAUGCGGCCGGCUACCGAGCACAAGUUCCCUGCUGAGCCAAGCACAGAGAGGAUGAGGAACAGCCCUCAGCAUACAAGCCUGAAGAUGUGAAGGCCUCAUACGCGAAAACUCUCAGCUCCAACAUUGUGCUCAUGUAAUAAACAUUGUGUUAGAGGAAGUUGGCGUGCAGCACACGAGUCAGACUUAGCAGGAACUCAUCCUCUUGCUGCUGUGUACAGAAGCCACCACAGAAUUACAAUGAAUAGACUGUUUCUCAUUUGUAGCUUAGAAACAAAAGUGGACAUAUCUGUAUAGUAAUAAGGGAGACUGAAGAAGAGGAGGCAGCAGAGAGAGAAAGAUGCGACUGCAAGAAUUUCUAUUGAAUAAGCUAAAGUUAAUUUUGUUUGUUUGAAGGUGCCUAUUGAGCUGAAAUGGAUUCAUACUGUACAUGGCCUCUGUGUUCUUCUGGUAGUCAGGACAGUUCAGCACUGAGUAGAACCAGUUAAUUACAUAAUUUAUAUGAAGUCUAUACAUUCAAAGAAAGUUACAAAAAAAAAAAAAAAAAAAACAUAAAUAUUAGAGAUACUAUAAAUAAAAGGAAAAUUAUGUGAUUUUUUUCAGCUUUGGUGCUUCGGUGCUUAAGAUCUUUGCAGUCAGUCCUAUAUUGAGUAAAAACACCAUGACUGGCAACCAGCAAGUGGCUUCAGUAUCAAUUAAAAGUCUAGUUAAAGUUUCUUGUAAUCUACAGUCCAUGUUUAUAAUGGUCUGAAUUACAGCUGAAUGACUCAGAUUGUUAGUGACUGACAAAGUCGUUGGAAAAGAUGCCUACAGAGACAGCUAUUUGUUUAGAUUUGACUCCCUGCAGUCUCAGUUGCGUCAUCCUUUUUAUGUGUAACAUGUGUAAUUUACACAGACCAACGUAGUAUGGGAUGUUUACAGCUAUUUUAAUCACAUAAAGUACUUUGUUUUGAUAAUAGCUUCAGACAUCAUCAGCUUUAAUUUACCUCCACAUGCCAGGUAAAAUGAUCUCCACAGGCUGCACAACAACUUUUUCUUCUUUCUUUCUUUUUUUUUUUCUUAUUUUCUUAAGGAAAAAAAAGAACAAUUGUCAAUACUGCCUGCCAUUUUAGCCCAAAGUAAAUGACAUGAAAAUUACUUUUAAAGCGGCUAUGGGCAGUUAAACGUGUUUUAUUAUUAUUAUUAUUAUUAUUAUUAUUAUUAUAUGUAACACUGUCAAUAUUGUUACUUUUUUUAGGGAUAAUAAGUUUAGCCUUCCAGUUUUUCCUUUUUUUAAAAAGCCUUACUACUGAAUUUUGGCAGAUUUUCCACACUUUGGGGCCUCCUAACAAAAGCUAUUUCAGCAUCUGUCUUGUAUCCUGUCUCUUCUCUUGCUAGUGUGUUGAUAUCCAGUUGCUAGCGUGGCACGAUGCUGUAAAGCAAAACUCAGUUGUAAUUAUAUGAUCUGGCCCUGGAAUUAAAAAAGUUGUAAUUGUUUCCUAGCUUAGGGGCGCUGCAGGGCAUAAUAAAUGUCAGCGUGCCAUCAAAACAAUCAGAAGCAGAGUUUUAAGGUUGGAAAGUGUUGCAGUGUUUUUAUGUCACAGAGCAAUACAAAACCUUGAUCUGAUGAUAAAUUGUCCCGUUAAGUAUAUGUUUAUUGAUCUUAAGCCAUUUUAAGAAUAGCAUUGUAGAAACAUUGUUUUCUGCUGCUAAAAUAUUAUUUAAAGUUACUGUGUUGCUUAGCGAUAGGACAUCUUAAAUGCUCUUUGAUGCUGAAGCCAUCCCUUCAUUGCCUCUGUUUAAAGUCUCAGUCACUGUUCACUGCAAACAUGUUGAUUAGCAGGAUGUGUCAAACUAGUUGGAGUGUUUAGAUCCAUUUAUAGAGCAAGCAGACUCAACUUAACUGUGUCCCAGGCCUCUACAGGUUGUCUGUGUUUCAUCACUCAGCACCCUCUCACCACAGUUUGGAAACGCAAGCAAAAAACACUUUUUAUUUUUAAAAAAGCAAUGUUUUGCACUCCAGCACUGUUACUCCACUCUUGUUUGGGGAACUACUACUGCUCUUACUCACAUUUCAUUUGUCGUCUUCCAGCAAAAACACAAUUCUCACAAGAUUUCAGAAAAAAAAAUGUCAUUGUUCUUUACCAUACAGAUAUAAUCUGAAUCAGUCAGUUGCAAUUACAAACAUUUUUAUGUUGCACUCUUGCCAAUCAUGGUGUUCUUGUUCAUUCAUCUGAUUGCAAAGAUUUUUUUUAUCUCCCUUUUAUUUUGCACACAUACAUGUGGAAAAGGGUGCAGAUAGAAGGAUUUAUUUAUCGAGCUCAGUGCAGCUCCAUUGUGAACCAGCUUCUGCUACAGAGUAGCACUCAUUUCCUUUUUCUUUUGCACAACCUGCUUUUCAGACUGGUUUAAAAGCUCUUAAUAUAAGCUCAUAUAAAGAAAGACUGUUAUGAUGUGCUCUGAUAUAACACUGUAUAAUACACGCCAGAGACUGAGAAAAGAUCGCUGCUCUUUUAUUCCUGCAGUCUUAUUUAGUAGAAUGGCUUAUUCUAACAUACUGUAUGAAACUGUUUAUGGGGUCAUUAACUGGGAUGCAGGUCUCCCAUUAAUCUUUUUGAUUAUACCAAACAUUUAAUAUUGGAUCAGAACAUUUUUAUUUUGGACUUGCACAUAUGAAGUUCAUUGAUUUGUAUAAUUUUUUUCUUUUUUUAUAACGUGACAGAAAUGUGCGACUUUGCAUGUUGUUACUGUUAUUUAUCACAAUAUACCUCCAUGUGUCUUGAAUCUGACAGGACAUCCAUUGUUCUUGUGUAACUAUAAGUACCUUGUGGUAACCCACUGAAUGAUGAAUUGCACACAGUGUAACUACUGUAGCUGGUAGCUUUCCAUAGCAGUAUCCAGGGACUUGUGGGUAGAUUUAGACCAACUCACAAUGAAUUGUAAUUGUGUAACCAAGGAGUUCCUCCAUGUUGUAUUAUUUUACUAUACAGUGGCUCUGUAUGUUAUAACUUUUCCCUCGUCUAAAGCAGACAGUUUUGUAGAGUAACAGAAGAACAGAGCUGUACAAUAAGCAACAUCUUUCUUCUAUAAUUCAGUAAAUAGAGCUCAUGAAUUAGUCGCUGGCCUGUGAUUGUUCAUUCCCUGUCUAAAAAGAGGAUCAGCCAUCACGUGAAUUUCUGAUAAUAACUUGUAUCUCAUCAACCAUGGGAGCUUAAAAUCUGUGCAAAAGAGGGAUAAAAUGAUUUGUUCCUGCGUGGUUGCAGCCUGUCUAUCAUCAGUGUCUGCUGACCUGCAUUUUAACUUGGACCGUGAUUCUAUGGAGCCGUGAACUUAUUUUUCUGUAUUUAUUUAUUAAAAUGGACUCAAUUAACA